GUCUAUUACCACCUCAUUCAGCGUCGCUUUCGUCGGGCAUUGAUGCCUCUCCCCUUCUUUUGAUACCACUCUCUACUCCACUUCUCAAUUGAUAUCCCUCCCUCUAAUUCCCGUCAUGUUCCGCUCCGCAGCUCGGGUCGUCCUCCGCGCGCCCGCUGUCCCAGUCCGUGGCCCGGCCAGCAGACGAUUGAUAAGCACUUCUCCCGUUGACAAGAAGUCGAGAAGCUGGAAGGGAGGCAUCGUGCGUCUGGGUCUGGCUGCUGGCGCAAUCUACUACUACAACACCAGCCCUGUUUUCGCGCAAGACCCGAAAUUCUCCUUCCGCUCCCAACCGCAGCCUGAUGCUGUCGCCGAAGAAUCUCUCCCGACCCUCGACUCCGUGAAGCCUAAGAUCCGUGAGCAGAAGGCUCCCACUGCCACUCCCACCCCCAACCCCACCCCCAGUAUCACGCCUGCUGCGCCUCAGCCACCUUCCGAACCCACUCAGAUCGACCCUGCGGAACUUGAGGAACAAGCCGGCCACGAAGCUGCUUUCAAUGAGGAGACUGGCGAGAUCAACUGGGACUGCCCUUGCCUCGGCGGCAUGGCCCACGGACCUUGCGGAGAGGACUUCAAGGCCGCUUUUAGCUGCUUUGUCUUCUCCACUGAGGAGCCUAAGGGCAUUGACUGCAUUGACAAGUUCCAGGCUAUGCAAAACUGCUUCAGACAAUAUCCUGAGGUCUACGGUGCCGAGCUGGAAGACGACGAGGCCCCCGCUGAGGGUCAGGUUGCCCCCGCCGCUCCUGGCGAUGAGCAGCCCGUGAGCGCUGCUCAGAUUGAUGCUUCCUCCACCCCCGAUGAGAAGCACGCCCGCGCACACAAGGUCAACGCUGAGACCAAGUCGCAGCUUGCGGAGAAGGGUGAGCUCCCCGAGAGCAACGAGCUGAUUCCCAAGUCGUGGCACGACACGGAGGCCAAGAACGAGGCCCCCGAGCAGACCAAGAACUAAGCAGCUGUGUCAACGAGUCUGUUAUCAUACGAGAUCACGAACUGAAGUUGUAGGAGUGACAAAGGCUGGGUGUGGAUUGAACCGAAACCACGGAGGAGAUUCAUGCGGUAAGCGGGAUCGCGCCGUGUGUAUCAGUAUAUGAAUGAGUUUCUAUAUCUUAUACCCCCACCCUCGCCUCGUUGUUUCUCGUCCUCUUCUUGCGUGCGUCGGCCUUGUCAGCCAGCCACUCAAGCCAAUCCGUGUAUUCGUGGUUGCUGUUGGGAAUGGACGUUGCAAUUUCUUUGGUCAUUGGUCUUUAUGAACCCGCAUCACGGACCAUCUCCUUCUCUCCCUAUAUCUCCUAUUUACUGUUCAGUUCCUGUAUCUAAAAUCACUGUACUUGUAUGUUUUCUUGUGUUAUGGUCAUUUAGCAAGUCCGGAAGAGAGAGACGACAUGGAAUAGAGAUAGAUCAGUG